AUGCGGCCCCACGGCAUCGCAUCGGCGCCGCUGGAUGUGCUGCGCACGUCCUCGGACGCAAGCACAUAUACUGUACCAAGCACCCCGGCAGCGACUCUGCCUGCGGCGGUGCCAUCUACCGCGCUCGCGCCUGCGCAUGCCGUGCAGGCCGCUGCGUGCGCGGUGCCCCUGCUCGGCGCCUCGGCGCUCGCGCUUGCGCGCGUGCUUGCCUCGCGCACGCAGCUGGAGCUCCGUGUCGUCGGGAGCGACGCAGCGACGUCGACCCUGCUCUUCACCUUUCCCGCGCCGGUCGUCCCGCACGUCGGCCUCUGGGACGACGCGGGCUCCAGCGACCUCCAUGUGCUCGCCGUGACCAGCGCCGGCUACGUGUACCGCCUGUGCAUUCCCGUCGCGUGCCUCGUGCGCAGCUCGCUGCUCCCGCCCCACUGGGCGCACGAGCACCGCCUCGAGCACCUCGCCGACCAGGGCGCCGCCGCCGCCGCCGCCACCGUCCACAUGGUCGAUGCAGGCCUCCUGCUCGUGGCCUGCAUCGACGGCACCCUGGUGCGUGUGCAGCAGCCGUACGUGCAGGGCCGCGGCUUCGACGGCGCAUGGCGCGAGGCGCUCUUGAGCCCCGCGUCGUUCAGCCUGCGCCGCCUGUUCGCGCGCUCGCCGGCCGCGGAGCUCGCCGCGGCGCCGACGCACGCCCUCGCCAUCGCAAGCCAUGUGCGCGAGUCGGACACGGCGCUCGCAUUCACCGUGUGCCGCGACCGCAAGCUGCGCGUGUGGAACGUCGCGACAGACGCGCUCGUGCGCACCGUCGCGCUCCCGACGGGCGCCGGCACCGUGUCCGAGGGCCCCCUGCUCGACGCCGCCGCGGCGCCGCACGUCGCGCUCUUCUACCCCGACGACGGCGUCUACUCGCUGUACGUGCUCGUGUACGUGCCGGGCACGAAUGCAUGCCUCGCCGCGUACGGCGUCGAGCUCGAGGACAGCAGCAGCUGGUCCGGCGGCGUCGGCGAAGUCGCGCUCGUGUGGACGCGCCUGUGCGACGCACACGCACAGGCGCCCGACACGGAGCUGCGCGACAUGCAAGUGGUGCCGGACGCCGCCGCCGGGGCCGCCGCGGGCCGCGUGUGGCUCCUGUGGCACACGGGCGGCGCGCCGCUGCUGCAGACGACGCUCGUGACCGGUCUGCGCGCGGCGCCCAGCGGCGCGGCGCCCCUCGUGCUCAGCAGCGACGAGCCGUGGACGUGCAUGGCGCCGUACGCGCCGUACACGCCGCUGCACGGCCCCGAGCUCGAGGCCGCGCUGGCGGAGCAUGCCGUGCCGCACGCCGCCCUCUUCCUCCCGCGCCUGUGCGAGCCCGGGCGCUUCAGCCGCACGACGCUGCAUGCCGCGCUCGCGCAGGAGGGCAUCGACACGCCCGUCCACGAGCGCACGCUGCCUGCGCUCGCGUCGCGCAUCGCUGCGCGGCUGGAGCCGAGCAGCGAGGCGUGGCUGCGCUUCACGAGACGCGUCGAGCAGCUGGACCGCGCUGAGCGCUGGCCCCUGCGUCUGUGCCUCGUCGGCGGCGACCCGUGGGUCGUGUCGCGCCACGCGCUCGGCGCGGUGCACGCGACGCCGCCAGGCGUGUGGCUCGCAGCGCUCGCGCAGCGCCUCGCGGCCGCCGCG